GGCCCAUCUUCAGAAGCUUCUGAGCCCACCUCCCUCUCUGAAACCUCAUAAACCCUAGCUCUCUCAACCGAGGGGGUUUUCAGAGCUCAAUCUUCUCCACUAAUGGAUGAACUGGACAACCAGAAACUCACUCUUGUUGCAAGGAAGCCGUGCUUUGGCCUCCCAACAGCUUGCCCUUCUUGCUUGCCUGUUUACAUCUACCUCAGAUUCGCUCAAGUUCCCUUUGAUCUGAGUUUCAAUCUCAUUCAUCCUGAUUCUGAUCAAAUUCCUUACAUUGAGUCUGGUGCUUAUGUGGCCUAUAACAAUGAGAAGGGUGGGGUUCUUGAAAGUUUAAAGGAGGAUGGUAUUAUUGAUUUGGACUCUCAACUUCAUGCUAUCCCAGAAUGGUUAUCCAUGAAGGUGAUGAUCAGCACCUGGCUGGAAGAGGCAAUCAUGUAUGAACUCUGGGUAUGCUCUGAUGGAAGUUCUGCUAAGAAGAUCUAUUAUUCUGAUCUCCCAUGGCCAAUAGGAAAGAUUUUAUACUUCAAGCAGAUCCAUGCUGUGAAACAGCUACUUGGGAUAACAAAAGACAAUGCAGAACGAAGAGAAGAAGAGAUUCACAGGAGAGCAACCAUCGCAUAUGGAGCUUUGUCAACUAGGUUAGGGGAGCAAACCUUUUUCUUUGAGAACAGGCCAAGUGGUGUGGAUGCAUUGUUUCUUGGGCAUGCCCUUUUUACUCUUCAAGCUUUACCUGACACAUCGGUGUUGAGGAGCAAGCUCUUAGAGCACAGUAAUCUUGUGCAGUAUGCUGAAAAACUUAAGACAGAAUUCAUGGAAGCUGGUUCUUCAUCUUCUUCUGUCCCGCGGUUCCCAGCAGAACCUUCAUCAUCAACAUCAAGAAGAGGUCCUUCAAAUUGGAGUAAGAUACUUUCUCUGUUUAAAUUUAUCUCUUACCAUUUUAACCAUCUCAAUUUUGAUGAGGUGAAUCGUUUCAAAGCUGCCUUUACUGCAUACCUUCAUAUAUCCAAACCAUGGUUCUGUAUCUCAGUGAGAUCCUGCAAGUUAUUAGUUUUGGCCUACCUAAAUGAACUGCCAUUUGUGAAUAAUGGCUAGAUAUAUUCUGGUUUGGCAGAUGGUUAAUACAGCAAUGUAGCCAAUGUUUCUGGAAUUUUAUGAAAAGCAUGGCUGAUAUUGCUGGGCUGGAAGAAUAAUUAUUGUGCCCUUUGCCACAUCUUGGCCCAAACUCAGGAUUCUGUAGAUAUCAUGUGCAUGACUGCUGGGAUGACAUUGAAAAAAAAGGGUAUAAGACCCUUGAAUAAAACUAGUUCCUCUUUUCAUGUUAGGUGGACCUAGGGCAAAGGGGCAGCAACUCCAUAAGUCUGGCGCCAUGCCUGGGCAGAGGGCACCUGUUUUAUUUUUUUAAGCUCAAGGCAAAACAAUGUCCUUUUGGCCCUUUUUCUCUAAGUUGAAUAGGGGAUGUCGUUUUGCCUUUUAUUUAUUUUUAUUUUUUUCUGGAAGAACUGAAGGAAAAAAUGGUUAUCUUGUGACAUUGUGUUGAAAAAUGUUCAUGCACCCAAAAAAGUGUUAUUAUAUCCUCUAGUUUCUAAAUUUCUCUGCAACUAGAUAGUUAAGCAUAGAAUUUCGUUUUGUUUUCUAA